GAGCCGUCUUUUUCCCGAGGUGACGGAGCUGAGCAGACACGCACUGCGUGCUGCUGCAGAGAUUCAAGAAUCAUGGUGCUGCUGCACGUGUUGUUCGAGCAUGCGGCGGGCUACGCGCUGUUUACGGUCAAAGAGGUGGAGGAGAUCGGCAUGCUGCUGCCUCAGGUGGAGGAGAGCGUGCUGAACAUUGCAAAGUUCAACAGCAUGGUGAGCCUGGCUGCCUUCUUCCCCUUCAAGUCGGCCCAGGCUGCUCUGGAGAACAUGAAUGCUAUUUCUGAAGGUGUUGUUCAUGCUGACCUGAAGUUGUUCCUGGAGACAAACCUGCCUCUUUCUGGAAAGAAGAAAGCCACAUUGGGCGUUUCAGAUGCCAAGAUCGGAGCAGCUUUACAAGAAGAAUUUACCAUUUCCAUCCAGACAGGAGGGGUGGUGGCAGAGAUAGGCAGAGGUGUGCGUCUGCACUUUCACUCCCUAGUGAAAGGUCUGACUGCCCUGGCUGCCUCGAAGGCACAGCUGGGUCUGGGCCACAGUUACUCCAGGGCUAAAGUCAAGUUCAAUGUCAACAGAGUGGACAACAUGAUCAUCCAGUCCAUCGCUCUGUUGGAUCAGCUCGACAAAGACAUCAACACUUUCUCCAUGCGUGUCCGUGAAUGGUACGGCUACCACUUCCCAGAGCUGAUCAAGAUCGUGCCAGACAACUCUACAUACUGCCGCUUGGCUCAACUCAUCGGAAACAGAAAGGAACUGUCGGAGGAGAGUCUGGAGAGUCUAGAGGAAGUAGUGAUGGAUGCGGGCAAGGCUCAGGCCAUCCUGGAUGCAUCACGUUCCUCCAUGGGUAUGGACAUCUCUCCCAUUGACCUCAUCAACAUUGAGAGAUUCUCCAACCGUGUGGUGUCUCUGGCUGCCUAUCGGCUGGAGCUGCAGGAGUACCUGCGUUCCAAGAUGAGCCAGGUGGCUCCGAAUCUGGCAGCUUUAAUCGGAGAAGUGGUGGGCGCUCGUCUGAUCUCCCACGCCGGCAGUCUAACCAACCUGGCCAAGUACCCCGCCUCCACCGUACAGAUCUUGGGAGCAGAGAAGGCCCUGUUCAGAGCCCUUAAGACUCGUGGCAACACCCCCAAGUACGGGCUCAUCUUCCACUCCACCUUCAUCGGACGUGCUGCUGCCAAGAACAAAGGUCGCAUCUCCAGAUAUCUGGCAAACAAGUGCACCAUUGCCUCGCGCAUCGACUGUUUCUCUGAGGUACCCACAAGCGUGUUUGGCGACAAGCUGCGUGAACAGGUGGAGGAGCGCUUGUCUUUCUACGAAACGGGUGACGUGCCACGGAAGAAUGUUGAUGUCAUGAAAGAGGCUGUGAAAGAGGCUACCGAUGUUGCAACUGAGAUCAAACGGAAACUAGAGAAGAAGGAAAAGAAACGUAGGAAGCGCGAGAAGAAGUUGGAAGAAGCAAACGGAGAAGCCAACGGUGACGGAGAAGCCGAAGCUGAGGCGGAGAAUGGAGAAGGUGAGACCCCCGUAGUGAAGAAGAAAAAGAAGAAACCGGCAGCCGAGGAGAUGGAGGUCGAGGCAGAGGAGACCCCCGCUGCAGAGAACGGAGCAGAGGACACCCCAGCCAAGAAGAAAAAGAAACGGAAAGCUGAGGUAGAAGAGGUCCAGCCAGAGGAAGCUGCUGCUCCAGACAAUGGAGCAGAAGAAACAGAAACUCCUGCCAAGAAGAAAAAGAAGCGAAAGUCUGAGGCUGUGGGUGCAGAGCCAGCAGAAGAGGCCCCAGAAACGCCUCUGACUGAGAAGAAAAAGAAAAAGAAGAAAAAAGAGACCACAGACUGAGAGAAUGUGAUCAAAGACUGAAUCUUUAUAUUUCUGUACAGUUUAUUUUUAUUCAUUUUACUUUUUAAUUGAGGCUAGAUACUGUAAGCGGCUUUAUGUUGUACUGUCUAUUUUUUGGCAACUUCCAAAGCAAUGAGACUGCAGAUAAAUGCUUAUAACUGUGCCUUGAAAUCAGUGAUCUUUACUUUGUCUGUAAAUAACUUUAUUCAUUAAACUUUAUCAAGAAAAA